AUAUAUAUACAUACAUCUGUUCAGGAACGAAGGAGAUUGCACUUAAUUUCAGUGCGAAAUUACAACAAUUAAGUUCUUUAUUUCAAAUUUCCUUGCGCAUUAUUCCCUGUGUGGCAAGUCCAGACAGAACAGUUUCUCGAUCGUUGUUAGAUUUGAGGCAACGCGUGCAAUCUUCCUGUUUUAAUAACACCGCAUCGACUUUAAUUAAAAAAAUCUUCCUUACGUGAAAUCUGGAAAUUACUCUUUGGAGGCUGUGAAACAGAUGAACAGAGGUUAAUUGUGGACCGUGGGGAAAAAAUCGAAAAUUUUUAUCAUUAGUCGUAUAUAGCUUUGUUGACGUGGCCGAACGUAGAAUUGUUUUGUGACAUUUUCCAUAACUAUGACUUUGGGGAAAAUGGAUAUGGAAGUAGUCUGUCCAAUGACUAUGGCUGAGAAAAAGAAGGAGAUGAAAACAAAAGACAAACCCAAAGAGAAGAGAACACAAAACCAACCUGACCCAACCAAAGCUUUUCUGUUGAAAGAAUUCGAAAAACGACUUAACCCAAAGGCACCGGAUACAUAUACCGAAAUAGAAGACAUGGAUGACGAUAUUGAUGAGGAAAGUCUUCCAAAAUUUUCCCAAAAAGAGAUUGACGAGGCAUUAAAGAAGAAUACCAAACCAUCUUGAAAAAUCGUUGUAACAUUCCAUCGAAAUAUGAAGAGGUGCUAUUCAUAUAUCAACUGGUAGAUGCUGAUUUGGUGAAAAUAGUCGGGAAUAUGUGUGCAAACUUCUCACAUCUGAGUGCACUAAGGGAAUAUUCACAGACCAUUUGAACUCUGAGUGCGAUUAAUCUGUUUUUAAAACUGUUUCAUUAUAUUGUUGCUUAAUUUUAUACCAAUAAAAAUAAUUUGAAUUAGA